GUAGUUCAGUAUCGGUUGUUCGAUUACUAAAUACUAUCAAAAUUUUUUUCUGUUGAUAGUAUUUGAAAAUAACCGGAUAAAUCGAUAGUUUUUGACUAUCGAAUUGUUCAAUAGUAUUAACUCGGUAGUGCUUACCAUUUAACAUUUAACAGUUUCUGAUUUUAUACUUUAGACAUUUGCGUCAUUGUUAUUGCUUAAAUUUAACUUUAAAUCACGUUUAUUUUUCUUUUUUUGCUCAAAAGAUUAGAAGUUGUGAGUUAAUUGUAAUUAUUUAUUGGUUAUUCAUCAUUAAAACAUACCUUAAAAUGGAGAAAUAUUCAAGUCUAUUAAUUGGCAAUAAUAAUCCUACAAAACGAAUUAAGCUAACUUCAGGACAACCCAAUGAAAGUAGUUCUACCAUAAAAAUGAAUGUUUUACAAGAAUUUUUAAACAUAAUAAACUUCUAUUUUCAAAAAAAUAUGUUUUGUGACAUAUCUAUAAUGACUGAUGAUGGAACAGAAAUAAGAGCACACAAAAUAAUUUUGGCUGCUGCAAGUCCAUAUUUUUCAGUUAUGUUUAAUAGUUAUUUUAAAGAAAGUAAUGAAGAAAUUAUAAAAAUCAAAGAAAUUGAUUCUGAUAUAUUCAAAUCUAUUGUUACUUACAUGUAUACUAUGAAAUUGGAUUUAAAUGAAUCAAAUAUUAAGAAAAUUUGUAAAGCUGUGAAUUAUUUUGAUUUGUGUUAUGGAAAAAUUAUGUGUUGUGAUUAUAUUAAAAAACAUAUAUGUCCAUCAAAUUGCAUCAUAUUCAUGGAAAGUUCUAAAUCUAUGUCAGAUAAUGACAUAUAUAAAUACUGCUUUCAUUAUAUAUUGAAACAUAUUACAUUAAUUAUGGAAUCAGAAGUAACAUUAAAACCCUUGUAUGAAUUACAGUUAAAUGAUAUUGUUAAUAUCAUAUCAAAUAAACAUUUGGAAAUAAAUUCAGAAAAUAAGGUUUUUGAAAUAAUUACUGGUUGGAUUGAAUACAAUAAAUUAGAAAGAACUGUUUUUCUACCAGAUUUGCUGAAACAUUUGAGAUUAUCACUGAUACCAAAUGAAGAAUUAAAAAAAAUAAUAUCAACACCAAUACUAUCACAGCAUUCAAAUACUUUGAUAAGUAUGAUGAAUACAUUUAUUGAUGUAAAAACAGAUUCAAAUAUUUUUGAAUUAACUAUGAGACGAACUCCAUAUAUUUCAAAUGAGCCAAAUAUUAUAUUUGCUAUAAGAAGUCAUUUAAAAGAAGAAUACUCUUAUGAGGAGUAUUUAUUUGUUGAUAGUUUAAAUCCAAGCUGGAAAAGAUUAGAUUUUUCUUUAUUUGGUCCUGUUGAAAAAAAGUCAACUACAUUAAUUCUUAAUGACAGCACAUUAUUUUCAAUUGGUGGUCAAUAUGGACCAGUUACAACAUCAUCAGUUUGUACACUAGAGCUUAAUUCAUUGGAGAAAAAAUGGAAACUUACAUCAAACUUGCUUUCCCCUAGAAAAAAUUUUGCUGUAUGCACUGAUGGCAGAUAUGUUUAUAUUGUUGGAGGUACAGACGAAUGUGAUGAUGUACUAAAUUCAGUGGAAUAUUAUGAUACUUAUAUUAAAGAAUGGAAUUCAAACAUCUCGAGCAUGUCAUCUGCCAAAUCUUAUUGUAGUGCUAUAAGUUAUAAGGACCGUAUUUAUGUUUUUGGUGGAGAAAAUUGUGGCAAUACAAUCAAAGAUGUAGAAUAUUACGAUUUUGAAACCAAAAUUUGGACACUACUAGAUCCAAUGCCAAUUGGAAAAUCUCGUAUGAGUGUUACAGUUAUUGGAAACAUAGCAUAUUUCAUUGGUGGUGAAGUUUAUGAUUUUUUAUCAGAAACCUUAACUACAGGAAAGAGUGCUUUUGCAUUCAACUUGGAUAGCUUAAACUGGAUUCGUUUACCAGAUUUAAUUCAAGAAAGAAGUCUAACUAAUUCUGUUGGAAUACAUAAUGAUAUAUUUGUAUUUGGAGGUGUGGAUGAUGAAGAUCUACCAGUUAAAAUUUGUGAAAAAUAUAUUUCAGAAAAAAAGGAAUGGGUGAUGGUUGAUUCAGCUACUAUCAAGUAUACUGACCAUAAUGCAAUUUUUAUUAAUUAUGAACAGAUAAAAAAUCAACUUAAAGACAUGGACUUAGAAAAAUAUUUUACUAGAUAAAAGCACAAUGUAAUAUUUGUUUUAAAAAGGCAUUGUUAUUAAUAUUUUUCUUUUAAUUUUUAAGUUAGAAAUUUAAUUAUUUUGUUUAAUUUUGUAUCUUUUAUUACUAUUUUUUUUAAUAUCAAUGAGUUCUUAUUAGACUGUGACGAGUUUGUCAUUAACUUGGUUAUUAUUAAUUUAUCAUUAAGCUUUAUUGUAAUAAUUGAAUAUUCAGCUUUAAUUAUAUAACAUUUUUAUUUUAUUGUAUAAUUAUAAAUAUUCUACAUGUACAAAACUGAACAUGUAUAUGUGUACCAAGUCUUAUUACUAAUUUUUUUUUUCAUCUAAAUAUUUUUUUUAUUUAUAAAAGUUAAAUAAUGUUAUACAAAUAAGUUUUUACGUGUUUCUUUCCCAAUAAAGUAAAACAUGUUGAAUAAUUAUUUAUUCAACUAGAGAAAUUAUUUUAUUGAUUUUA